AGUCUAUGCCCAAUUAGGCCCUAUUCUCUUACAGUGCGAAAUUACCGGUGAAAGCCCAGGCAGCUACCCCCCGUGCAAAUCCAAAUCUAGCCCUGUUGCUUCCGCCGCUUUCGUGCGGGUUCGAUAUUCGUCGGAGGGGUGCAUCUUAAGCUUUGGAACAGCCUCAUACCUACCUCUUUUUUUUUCUAUUUCUUAAACUAUCCUCCCACAAAAUUCUAACAAGUACAAGAUCAAUCUACAUUUAUAUUUAAAACCCCAACUUUUGAAAAUCCAUUUCACCACCCACGACCCUUUUUUCAACAACAUCCAUCCCUACUUUGCCGACGUCAUAUCCAAUCACCCCACCAACAAAUUCAGAUACCCAAUAGCAACCAACAUGUCGCAGGUUACUCCCGAAGUUCUAUGGGCUCAGCGCUCUUCCAAUACGGAACCCGAGAAGAACUUCGUCUAUCUCACCAUCUCGGUUCCCGAUGUCCCCAAGGAGAAUCUGAAGCUCGACCUUCAGCCCACAGGCCUAACCUUUACCGGUUACUCCGAGACCCUGAAGAGAACGUAUCAUCUAGAACUGACCUUCUAUGCCGAGAUCGACCCCGCUGAGAGCAAGGUCCACCACACAGCUCGCAACGUCGAGCUCAAGCUACGCAAGAAGGAGCUCAAUGACGAGUACUGGCCGCGUCUUCUCAAGGAAUCUAAGAAGGUCCAGUUCGUGAAGACCGAUUUCGACAAGUGGGUUGAUGAGGACGAGCAAAAUGAGGCUCCCGAAGACGAUUUCUCACAAUUCGGUGGCAUGGGAGGCAUGCCAGGUGGUGCUGGCGCUGACUUCGGAGGUAUCGACUUCUCUAAGCUCGGCGGUGCCGGUGGAUUGCCUGGUGGUGAGGAUGAGGAGGAUGAGUCUGACGAUGAUAUGCCAGCUCUCGAGGGCGAAGAGGAGGCCAAGGAGGAGGCCCAGGAGGAGAAAGACGCAACCAAGGUGGCCGCAUAAACUCGAUUUCUGCAGGUUAUAAGGCACUAAUCGUUCCGCGGUUACCUUGUGCAAAAUCUAUUCGUCGUGCCCAGACCUGAGAAUGUGGUUAAGGCGAUAGGAAGGAGUAGCAAGUGGUAAUGCGAUUCAGAUAUGUUUCGGGAGCCGGUGGGCUAUUGGCAAGCUAGGACGUCAGGUUACCUGGUACUUUACGCU